AUGUAUCACCAGCAUUGUGUGCAGCUUCAUAAUCGCCAAAAUGCUGAGCACGUUACUACCUGCGGAUACCUUGAUGGGAACCCUAAAAGCUCCCGAACAGCAGACCCAGGCUAUGGGUGUCGAGUCGACACUGCGCGUGGGCUGUGGGGAUUCUGCCCAACAACCGUAAUAUCAGCCAGUGACUGCGGUUUGGCAGGAUUUUGCGUCGACAGCCACUCUUGCACGUCAGGAUGUGGCAGGUUAUCUGACAGAACGGAUGUUACUACGUUCUCAUGUGAACCAAAACAGUUUUGUUCUACAGUUCUCCUACUCAACGGUCCGGAUCAGUCGUACGAAUACAUCGCUUGCGGCGCAAAAGCAGGAACAGACACUCUCCUCGCAGCCCCUAAAAGUGUGGAAGCAUCAACGACAUCGACAUCAACAUCCAGCGCUACUCAAACGACAAUAGCAUCCAGCUCUACUCCAGUACCUUCAUCAGCUAUUACGAGCUCAAUCUCACAGUCAGCGUCGACGGCUACACAGCAGUCUCCCCUAGCAAGUUUGCCAUCUUCAACCCCACCCGUCUCCGCCUCCUCAUCUUCAAACUCCCCCAACAUCGGCGCCAUUGUCGGCGGCGUCAUCGCAGCACUGACUGUCAUCUGCCUUACGAUUCUUGGCGUGUUACUCAUCCGCCGGAAACACUUGAUUGCACACAAGACCGCCAAACUCCCAGACUACACCUACGACGGCCAAUCCGCUCCUACAAUGGACACUGCGUAUGGCUCUGUUCGGGGGCCAAAGGGGUACCAGUGGGAUAGUAGUCAUGGGCCUGUAGAGAUGCAAGGGGGAUAUGCGGGGAAUAGCGAACCGUUUGAGUUGAUGGGGAGGGCACGGUCUGCUGAUUGA